CUUUGGCCUGGGCUGGAGCGACGAGGAGGCAACGACGACGGCAUGGAGAAAAGCCGCGCGCCUGGAGGCCCGGUUGCCGCAGCCUGCAAGAAAAUCGCCAUCUUCGGCGCCACCGGCAUGACGGGCCUGGCCACCCUGGCUCAAGCCCUGGAAGCGGGCUACCACGUGACGGUGCUGGUACGGGAUCCUGUCCGGCUGCCCCCCGAGCUACAGCCAGCACAAGUGGUGGUUGGAGACGUGUUGAACCGGGCAGACGUCGAUGGAGCCGUGAGCGGGCAGGACGCUGUGAUCAUCAUCUUGGGCACCCGCAAUGACCUCAGUCCCACCACAAUGAUGUCCGAAGGCACCCGGAACAUCGUGGCAUCCAUGAAGUCCUGCGGCAUCCGCAAAGUGGUGGUCUGUCUCUCAGCUUUCCUGAUGUGGGACCUGGAAAAAGUUCCCACCAAGCUGCGGCCAGUGACCGAAGACCACAUCCGGAUGCAGCAGAUCCUGAAAGAGUCAGGCCUGGACUGCGUCUAUGUCAUGCCGCCUCACAUUGCAGGUGACCAGCCCCUCACCGGUGAAUACACUGUAACCGUGAACAGCUCGAGUAGCGCCCGAGUCAUCUCCAAGCAUGACCUGGGGCACUUCUUUCUCAAGUGUCUGACCACGCCUGAGUAUGAUGGGAAAAAUGUCUACCUCUCCAGGCAUUAUCCCAAGCCAUGACCCCUCCUCAGAAGGCCGGAAAUCACUGCCUUGGAUGCCUUUGCCCCCCUCCGUCCCUUGUGCUACUGAGUGCCUCCCCGCCUCUCGUAGGAAGCCCAGGAGGGCAGCAGAUGCCCACCCCAGCGCCCUGCAGCAGGCAGACCAGCUGCCAGCAGCCCCUGUGGGCUGAAGCUCCCCUGAAUCCAAAUGCAGCUGGGCAGGCUCUGGCUCCUGCGGGGGCCGGUGGUCUGCAACUUCCUCCCCAUGGCAGAAAGGACUCUUUGGGCAGCAAGUAUUUUUGCUGUAACGAAGAAAGCCUUUGCACAGCGCAAAUGGUAGAACCAUAGAACAAAUGGUCUAGGAUCUCCUGCUCGAGCAGAGGGUUGGACUAGAAGACCUCCAAGGUCCCUUCCAACCCUAUGAUUCUGUGUUCUAAGUGGAAGGCAGUAGCCAAGCCCCUUUCAUCAGCAGAGAGCAGGUUGGAUGCAGAGGCCACCUUGAAAAUUAGGUAUCCAGCUAUAAACAAACCCAUCAGAAUUAGUAAAAGGUUGGACGGCAAGUAACAAUAUCCCCAGGUUAAUGUUAAUCUUCCUCCUGUGUUGCUAAGAAACCUUAAUUCAUGUUGAUGCUUGCAAAGUUCUGUGCAACUUGAAAGCAUACAAAGUAUAAGCAGCUAAUCAAAUAAAUACCAAACUAUUUGGAUGGUAAUGCGAUCACUUGGAUCUAAUUAA